UUUUUUUUUCCUAGUCUCCAUAACGUUUCGUUUAUAAUUCACCUCCUUUUUCGUUCCCCCGAAACAUAACUGUCAUAACGAAUUAAUAGUUAUGUUUCCGUUUUUUAGUUACUUAAAGUUCUUCAUCCUCUGUGUGGCCCUUUUUUGGCGUCCUUGCUUUCCCGCCAGGAUCGUACCAGAAUCCGUAACCGUCGUAACCUCCGAAUCCGAGAAAACCGAAACGCACAACGCCACGUGGCACGACUUCUCGAAAUUCCUGCACGCGGAGCGAGGCAGCCACGUCAGCGGCAUGUCGGAACUGAAAAAGUACUUUCACCGCUUCGGCUACCUCUCCCUCCCCGAAACGACGCCGAAUUUCACUGACACCUUCGACUCGCAGUUCGAGUCCGCGCUGGUUCAUUACCAGAAGCGCCUCGGAUUGCCGGUCACCGGAAAACUCGACUCCGAGACUAUCUCGGCGAUCGUGGCGCCGAGGUGCGGCGUCUCCGACGCCGCCACGCACGGAAUUCACGCGACGCGGCGGUACGCGUACUUCAACGGGAAGCCGCGGUGGACGCGCGGCUCGCCGAUGACGCUGACGUACGCGUUCUCGCCGUACUACACGAUCGAGCGCGUGAGCGCGGCGGAUAUACGCGUGGUGUUUGGGCGCGCGUUCGCGCGGUGGGCGGCGGUGAUUCCGGUGAGUUUUCAGGAGACGGCGGAGUACGAGAGGGCGGACAUCACGAUAGGGUUUUAUUUGGGCGAUCACGGCGACGGAGAGCCGUUCGACGGCGUUUUGGGGGUUCUGGCACACGCCUUCUCCCCUCAGAACGGGAGAUUCCACUUGGAUGCGGCGGAAACGUGGUCCGUUGAUUUUGAGCGCGAGGAGUCAAGGGUGGCCGUUGAUUUGGAAUCUGUGGCCACGCACGAGAUUGGUCACGUGCUUGGGUUGGGUCACUCUUCGGUGAGGGAAGCGAUUAUGUAUCCGAGCCUGAGCCCCAGGAGAAAGAAGGUUGACUUGAAGAUUGAUGACGUGACAGGGGUUCAAGCUCUUUAUGGCUCUAACCCCAACUUUACUUUUAGCUCUUUGUUGCAGUCUCAAAAUUCGUUAAACGCUGCCGUUGGAUUGGAAACCGGUUUCUCUAUGUGGACACUCGCCUUGUUCAUAUUAUUUUUAUUUGCUUGAUUUUUUUUAUACAUGUAUUUUCAUUCAUUGAUCAUAUGUGUGAAAAGAGAAAGAAAGGAUAGAAAGUAAAGUGCAAUCACAUGGGCAAAACCCUAAGUGAUUCAUCUUAUAUGGUGGUGUCUUAGAUUUUUGGUACAAUAGAUAUUUAUAUACAUGAUACAACUUU